AUGAGACUGGAUAACAAGGCCGUUGUGGGCGUAUAUCUAGUGGCCAGUGCCUCGGCCGCUCAAAUUACCAAGAAUCUUUCUAAAAGUGCGCAGGACCUCUUUGAAUGGUCCAUGCAUGUCAAUGACAUACGCUGGGAUGAUUCCUAUAAGUAUAUCUGGUACUCUGAUCAUGGCCCUUGGUCAACACGAUUCACAGCCUGGUAUGCCGCCGGCCUGUUAUACCGAAACCAGGGAGACGAUUUGUCGAACGCCAAAUCAGCAAUCGAGAACAUUAUUUCUUGCCAGAUGACUGAAAGCUACGAGUCAGCCUGGUAUGGUACCUUCAAAGUUUCACCCGAUGAACCGUACCCAACUCCUGAUUCCGAUUUAUAUCCACCAGAGAUAUACACUACCUACGACCCAAAUUGGAGAGAGUUUAUAGGGACACAACUGGUGCAGAUUGUCGAAGAAUUCUCGGAGUUGAUUGGGCCAAGCCUCGUCACCCAGAUUGAAAAUAGCUUGGAGAUUGCAGCUGUUGGUUCAAUGCGCCGCAAUGGCUCAUACCCAGAAGAAGACAAUUUGACACCGGGGUACUCGAAUCCAGCACUCAUGCGCGCAUGGUAUAUUGCAUGGCUCGGCCAUCGGCGCAGUAAUGAUACUCUUAUCAGCUAUGCAGAUGAACAGGCAGAAACCAUAUUGAAUCUCUUCAAGUCAACGGGCUCAGAUGUGUUGUCCGAAUAUAACGCACCCACUUACUAUGGAAUGGAUACGUGGGCACUUGCUGGCGCUAUUAAAUAUGGCCCUCCAAGUUCUGCGAUAACCAAGAACUCCAAAGUCAUUUUGAAGGAUCUUUGGUCAGAUAUUGCGACCCAUUACAAUCCCUACCUUUCAGUUAUGGCAGGUCCCUAUGAUAGAGCCUACACACGCGACAUGGUUACAAAUUCAGCCGUGAUAGACUAUUUUUGGUGGGGACUUUAUGGUUACGGCACUGGGCCUCAACCUAAUAAGCUUGAAUCGGAUCUUUUAUUCGAUGUCUCACAGGGAGCAGCGCUGGCUCUCAUUAUGGACGUGGUCGCGGAGCACAUCUCAGACGAGAACAAUAAGUGGCUAAAGGCCAAAGGAAAUUGGAAGGGAGAACGCAUGAUCACCAAAAAGAUCCCCGAUGCCCUAGGCGACGAUGCCGAGAUCCGAAUCGCCACUACCUGGAUGAGUGCGUCUCUCAUGGUAGGGGCCCAACAGGUCAAUGAGACUAUCAACCGCGGCGAGCAGUAUGUACCGGCUAUCGUUCAAUGGGCCGGUGACAAGGACCACAAACCACACCCAUACAUGUCGUUUUUCUCACUUUAUCCAACCGCGUCAACAAUCAAUGCCGUGGCUGGACCCAACACUCUUGAGGUCUCAUACCCUAACACUACACAGGAAGGCACCGAUAUCUUCACCUUUGUGUUGGCGCAGCUCCCACCAAGCUGGACCUUGACAAAGAAGAAGGUCGUUCGAGGUCUCGAAGAUCUACCUUGUCUCAGUGUCAAUGUCAACGCCAAGGACCUGGAGCAGUUGCCAGUUAUCUACGGUGCCUCGGUUGAAGAUAAUCGUGUGUAUAAUGUGUCCUUUGCUGUGCCAUCCGGAUUUGCUGGAAUUCCCAAGGUAUCUUUCGAGUUUAAUUACACCUGUUAG